AUGACCAUUCAGAACCAGCCAGCUAUCUUCUACGUCAACGCCGCUCUCUUCGACUGCGAUGGUACUUUGGUGAACUCCACCGGUGCUAUUUCUGAGUUUUGGAGAGACUUCGGUAAGACUAGACCUCACGUUAACCCAGAAGAGAUUAUCAGAACUUCUCACGGCUGCAGAACUUUUGAUGUCAUUGCCAAGUGGUCUCCAGAGGAUGCUGAGGAGCAGCAGGUUACCAAGUGGGAAGCCUCGAUCCCAGACACCUUUGGCCACUUUGCCAAGGCUAUCCCAGGUGCCGUUGAGCUUGUCAAGUCUUUCGACAAGUUCUCCAAGGAGGCCACUGAGGACGCCAAGCAGAGAUGGGCCAUUGUCACCUCUGGUACCCUCCCAUUGGCCACCAAGUGGUUGAACCUUCUUACCAUUCAGAAGCCAGACUGCUUCAUCACCGCCGAGAAGGUCACCAAGGGUAAGCCCCACCCAAUGGGCUACAGAUCUGCCAGAGACACCUUGGGCUUUGAGCAUGAUGACGCCAAGGUUGUGGUCUUUGAGGACGCCCCAGCCGGUAUUACUGCUGGUAAGGGUGCCGGAGCCAUGAUUGUUGGUAUCUGUUCCACAUACGACCCUGAGAAGGUCAGAAAGGCCGGUGCCGACAUUGUCGUUGACGACCUUUCGUCUUUCAAGAUUGUUGGCUUCAACAAGGAGACCAACGAAUUCAAGGUGCAAGUGCUGGAGUACCACUACGCCAACGAGGAGUACCUCCAGAAUGCUUAA